AUGUUUCAAUAUUCAAUAUCGGUUUUUCAGCAUAAGUCGAAGAAGAAUCGAAGUCGGAGCAGAAGUCCGCUUGAAAGAAGCUCCGGAACAGACGAAACGCGAUCUCAAAAUGGAGUUGACGAUAAGGAGGAAAAUGGGGAUGUUGAGAUGGAAGGUACGUGGUGCUUUAUUUCUUUUUGUUUUGAUUUUUAGGUAUCAAACGGGUCAGAAGAUAAACAUUGUCGAAAAUCACUCCUUAAUUUACUCUUGGUUUAGAACCCCAGCCAGAAAGCUCCAAUGAACAGCCAAAAAGGUCCAGAUUCGACAGUUCCCCAGAAAGCGUUGUCUCCAAGUCGCCAGAGCCGUAUCGAGAAAGCCCGAUGAUUUCUGAGGACGAAGUGGAAGAAAUACUGGUGGAAGAAGAAGACGAAGUGGAGGCAAUUACAAGGAAGAACUUUGAAGAUCUCCUUGACGAAGAAAAGGAAAAGGUAAGACCCAAUCAUUAUUUUUUUUUGUUUUUAGUUAUCAGAAGAUCAACUGAAAGAAAUGGAAGAGAGCUACCAAAAACGAUUGAUUUCUCGAACUUCGUUGAGAGGGAUCAAAAUGCUGAUGAAGUGCCGACACCAUCGGAAUAUCGUCGGGUUGAGGGUAAGUUGUUCUUUAUUUUAUCUCUGUGUCUUCCCAUUUUAGGUAACAUUUUUCUACUUCCCGCAAGGUUUUCCAUAAUUUUAUUAUAUCCCAUGGAGUUUCAGGAAAUUGUGGUCGGCGAUACCAUGGACAUUAUAUUCUUGGUGAUGGAAUUUGUCGAACAUGAUGUCAAAGCACUCGUUGAGCAGCUGCAAGCCAAGAAGAAGACGUUUACAUUGCCACAGAUCAAGACCUUGUUACAGUAUAUUUGAAGAAUGUCCCGUCACAUAUCUUGAGUAAGUUAAAUUGUUAACGAUUAUUUUUGUUUUAGACGAGAUUGACCCCAGAUAUCCACUGGCUUUAUAUGGACUUUUGAAGCAUGAAAACAAGUUCUCUGUGAUGAAUGUGGUCCUUAGAAAAUAUAAUGGAUGUAAAAUCCCCAUAAAGAACAAGGAAAGUUUGGUAUUCCAUGUGGGAUCAAGGAGAUUUGUGGCGGAUCCUAUCUUCUCAGAACACUCCACGGGAGAUAAGUUCAAAAUGGAGAGAUUCAUGCCUGAAGGGACUCCAUUCGUCGCCAGUUUCUACGGCCCGGUGACAUUCGGUCCCUGCCCAGUGUUGGUCUUCAAACGAGAUGUGGAUGGAAACGAGAGCUUUGUCGCAUAUGGGUCCGUUCUGGACCCAUAUGUCCAGAUCGUAUUGUCUUGA